AUGGUGGUAUUCACACGUAUAACACCCGAGAUGGGUGAUGCUGUGUUGAAACAUCUCCGUGACAGCUUCUUUGCUGAUGAGCCCCUCAACAAGGCCGUGGGGUUAUGCGAGCGUGGACAACCACAUGCUGAAUUGGAGAGACUCUGCACAGCCACUAUAGCUGAUGGACUAUCUGUUGCUGUGCUUGAGGGAAACACGGUUUUAGGCGUGGCCCUGAAUGGAAUUUUGUGA